AACACAUUUAGAUACUAAGCACGAACUUCUUAACUGAAGGUGUCACUUGUUAUUACUCAGGGUUUCCAGCUGUCACAGUUUCUUGAUGGCAUUAUUGAGAAUUCAUCGACAUCGCUGGAAAAUCUAGCCAUAAUGAGGAACAGAAAAUUCUGUGGAAUUUCUUUGCAUUUUCCAUCCACUUACCUUUGCAUUUGAUGCUAUGGGACUUGUGGGGUUUUUUGUUUUGUUUUGUUUUUGUUUUUUGGUAUUUGUCUCAAGACUUCUUGGACUUCAAUUAUAUAAAGUCAAGAAAAGAUUGAGUUGUAAUCAUGCUCGAGUUUGUGACAUACAAAGCAUCUAUCCUGUCUGGGUUAUUUAUUUCCUUUAACUUCUAACUUCAGUCUCACAGCUGACCUUUAUUCCUACUUCCAACGGCCAAAGGUCAAAAUGAACAAAGGACGCAUAAGUGUGGGUCAGCAAACAUGGGCUCUUCUCUGCAAGAACUGUCUUAAAAAGUGGAGGAUGAAAAGAGAGACCUUCUUGGAAUGGUUUUGUUCAUUUCUUUUAGUACUGUUUGCAUACCUAUUCUCCUCCAAUUUACAUCAAGUUAACGACUCUCCUCAAAUGCCUGCAAUGGAUCUGGGUCAUGUAGGUGAUUUUAAUGAUUCUAACUAUGUUAUUGAAUUUGCACCUGAAUCCCAAACUGCCCACACCAUAAUGAACAAGGUAGCUUCAGCCCCAUUCCUGAAAGGAAGAACAAUAAUGGGAUGGCCUGAUGAAAACAGCAUGAAUGAAUUGGAUUUAAAUUAUUCAAUGGAUGCAGUGAGAAUCAUCUUUAAUGAUAUGUUCUCGUAUCAUUUGAAAUUUUCUUGGGGACAUAGAAUCCCUAAGAUGAAAGAGCACAGAGACCAUUCAGCUCAUUGUCAAGUAAUGGACAAAAAACAAACAUGUGAAGGUUCAAUGUUCUGGGAGAAAGGCUUUGUAGCCUUGCAAGCUGCUGUUAAUGCUGCCAUCAUUGAAAUCACAACAAAUCACUCAGUGAUGGAGGAGCUAAUGUCAGUGACUGGUAUAAAUAUGAAGAUAUUGCCUUUUGUUGCCCAAGGAGGAGUUACAACUGAUUUUUUCAUUUUCUUCUGCAUCAUUUCUUUUUCUUCGUUUAUAUACUAUGUAUCAGUCAAUGUGACACAAGAAAGACAGUACAUUAAGUCAUUGAUGACAAUGAUGGGCCUUCGAGAGUCUGCAUUCUGGCUCUCCUGGGGCUUGAUGUAUGCUGGAUUCGUCCUUAUUAUGGCCACUUUGAUGGCAAGUAUUGUCAAAUCUGCCCAUAUUGUCAUCCUAACGGGUUUUGUGGUGGUCUUCACCCUCUUUCUUCUCUAUGGCCUGUCUUUGAUAACUUUAGCUUUCCUGAUGAGUGUGUUGAUAAAGAAACCUUUCCUUACUGGCUUGUCUGUCUUUCUUCUUACCAUUUUUUGGGGGAGUCUGGGAUUCACUGCAAUGUACAGACAUCUUCCUGCCAUUUUGGAAUGGAUCUUAGGUCUUCUUAGCCCCUUUGCCUUUACUGCUGGAAUGGCCCAGCUUAUACAUUUGGACUAUGACGUGAAUUCUAAUGUUCAUUUGGUUUCUUCAAAUGACUCAUACCUAAUCAUAGCCACGCUUUUCACGUUGGUUUUGGAUGCUCUACUGUACUUGGUAUUGGCAUUAUAUUUUGACAAAAUUUUGCCCAACAAGUAUGGACAUCGACAUUCUCCCUUGUUCUUCCUGAAGUCCUCUCUUUGCUUUCAACACCAAAGAGCGAUUCCUGUGGACCUUGAGAAUGAAGUAGAUUCUGAUCCUUCAUUCAAUGAGUCGUUUGAACCAGUGUCUCCUGAGUUCCUUGGGAAAGAAGCCAUGAGAAUCAAAAACUUUAAAAAAGAGUAUACAGGAAAACAUGAAAAAAUAGAAGCUUUGAGAGGUCUGGUACUGGACAUAUAUGAAGGCCAGAUCACUGCCCUCCUCGGUCACAGUGGAGCUGGGAAAACCACCCUGUUAAACACUCUUAGUGGGCUGUCGCUCCCAACAUCAGGUUCUGUCACCAUCUAUAAUCAGACCCUUUCAGAAAUGGCUGACUUUGAAACUGUCAGCAAGUUCACUGGAGUUUGUCCACAAUCCAAUGUACAAUUUGGCUUUCUCACUGUGAGAGAAAAUCUCAAGCUGUUUGCUAAGAUAAAAGGGAUUCUCCCACAGGAAGUGGAGCAAGAGGUACAAUGAGUUUUACGGGACUUAGUGAUGGAAAAUAUUCAAGAUAUUCUUGCUCAAAAUUUAAGUGGUGGACAAAAAAGGAAACUAACUUUUGGGAUUGCCAUUUUGGGAGAUCCUCAGGUUUUGCUAUUGGAUGAACUAACAGCUGGAUUAGAUCCCCUUUCAAGGCACCACAUAUGGAACCUCCUGAAAGAGAGGAAAGCGAACAGAGUAAUUCUCUUCAGUACCCAGUUCAUGGAUGAGGCUGACAUCCUGGCUGAUAGGAAAGUGUUUAUAUCCAACUGGAGACUGAAGUGUGCAGGCUCCUCUCUGUUCCUGAAGAAGAAAUGGGGCAUUGGCUACCAUUUAAGUUUGCAUCUGAAUGAAAUGUGUGAUCCAGAAAAUAUAACAUCACUGGUUAAACAACACAUCCCUGAUGGCAAAUUAACAGCACAAAGUGAAGAAAAACUUGUCUAUAUUUUGCCCUUUGAAAGGACAAACAAGUUUCCAGAUAUUGGAGUUCAGGGACAGUUACAAAGUGAUGCAAGCCUUGCUGCACUGGAGCAAGUGUUGUCCUCCCUCAGCACAAGAAACACAGUCAGCGGCAUGGUGCUCUGGAGGCAGCAGCUCUGUGCAAUAGCAAAAGUGCGAUUCCUAAAGUUAAAGAAUGAAAGAAAAAGCCUGUUGGCCAUGUUACUGCUUUUUGGGAUUAGCUUUUUCCCUCAACUUUUGGAACAUCUAUUCUAUGAGCUAUAUGAAAAAAGUUACACUUGGGGUCUGUCUCCAAAUAUGUACUUCCUUUCGCCAGGACAACCACCACAAGACCCUCUGACUGAUUUACUGGUCAUCAACAAAACAGGGUCAAGCAUCGAUAAGUUUAUCCAUUCACUGAGACGGCAGAACAUAGCUUUAGAAGUGGAUGCCUUUGGGAGUAGAAAUGGCACAGAUGAACCAUUCUACAAUGGUGCAAUCAUUGUGUCAGGUGAUGGAAAGAGUCACAGAUUUUCAAUAGCAUGUAACACCAAAAGGCUGAAUUGCUUUCCUGUCCUCAUGGAUGUCAUUAGCAACGGGCUCCUUGGAAUUUUUAAUUCUUCAGAACGCAUUCAGACCGACAGAAGCAUGUUUUUUGAAGAGCAUUUGUCUUAUGAACACAGUUACCCAAGCAAUGCGUUCUUCUGGAUACCAGUGGCUGCCUGUUUCACUCCUUACAUUGCAAUGAGCUGCAUCGGUGACUACAAAAAAAAAGUUCAUUCUCAGCUGUGGAUUUCUGGCCUCUACCCUUCUGCUUACUGGUUUGGACAGGCAGUGGUGGAUAUUCCCCUGUACUUUUUGAUUCUCCUUCUAAUGCAAAUAAUGGAUUAUGUUUUUAGCCCAGAGGAAAUCGUAUUUAUCAUUCAAAACCUGUUAAUUCAGGUAAGCGUAUUGGGUAAUAUAUCAUCCCUUGUUUUCUUGACAUACGUGAUUUCAUUCAUUUUUCGCAACGUCAGAAAAAACAGUGGCAUUUGGUCAUUUUUCUUCUUAAUUGUUACCAUCUUCUCAAUAGUUGCUACAGAUUUAAAUGAAUAUAGAUUUCUAGGGCUCUUUUUGUGUACUAUAUUAAUACCGCCCUUCACACUGAUUGGCUCACUAUUAAUUUUUUCUGAGAUUUCUCCUGAUGCCAUGGAUUACUUAGGAGCUUCAGAAUCUCAAGUAGUAUUUCUGGCUUUGCUUAUACCUUACCUCCAUUUUUUCAUUUUCCUGUUUGUUCUGAGAUGUCUGGAGAAGUACUUUGGGAAGAAAUUGCUGAGAAAGGAUCCUGUGUUCAGAAUUUCUCCAAGAAAGAGUGAUGUUUUUCCAAACCCAGAAGAACCUGAAGGAGAGGAUGAAGACAUUCAGAGGGAAAGAAUGCAAACAGCAAAUGCUGUGAAUGUCUUAGAAAUGGAUGAGAAACCAAUCAUCACUGUCAACUGUCUACGGAAGGAAUAUGCUGGCAAGAAGAAAAAUUGCUUUUCCAAAAGGAAGAAAAAAAUUGCCACAAGAAACAUCUCUUUCUGUGUUAAAAAAGGUGAAGUUAUAGGGCUGUUAGGACACAAUGGAGCUGGUAAAAGCACAACAAUUAAGAUGAUAACUGGAGAGACAAAACCCACUGCAGGGCAGGUGAUUUUGAAAGGGAGCAGCAAGGGGGGCACACUUGGGUUCCUGGGGUACUGCCCUCAGGAAAAUGUGCUGUGGCCCAUCCUGACUGUGAGGGAACACCUGGAAGCUUAUGCUGCUCUGAAAGGGCUGAAGAAAAAGGAUGCCUCAGUCACCAUUACACGGCUGGUGGACGUGCUCAAGCUGCAGGACCAGCUGAAGGCCCCCGUGAAGACCCUGUCUGAGGGAGUAAAGAGAAAGCUGUGCUUCAUGCUGAGCAUCCUGGGGAACCCGUCAGUGGUGCUUCUGGAUGAGCCAUCCACCAGGAUGGACCCUGAAGGGCAGCAGCAAAUGUGACAGGCAAUCCAGGCCACCAUCAGAAACACAGAGCAGGGCGCCCUCCUGACCACCCACUACAUGGCAGAGUCUGAGGCCGUGUGCAAUCGGGUGGCCAUCAUGGUGUCUGGAAAGCUGAGGUGUAUCGGCUCUAUCCAACAUCUAAAAAGCAAAUUCGGCAAAGAAUACCUGCUGGAAAUGAAGGUGAAGACCCUCGCACAGGUAGAGCCCCUCCAUGAGGAAAUUCUGAGACUUUUCCCCCAGGCUGCUCGGCAGGAAAGGUACUCCUCCCUGAUGGCCAAUAAGUUGUCUGUUGAAGAUGUAUGACCUUUAUCACAGGCUUUCUUCAAACUGGAGAUAGUUAAACAGAGCUUCAACUUGGAGGAGUACAGCCUUUCACAGUCCACCCUGGAGCAGGUCUUCCUGGAGCUCUCCAAGGAGCAGGAGCUGGAUGAUUUGGAUGAGGAACUUGAUCCUUCCAUGAAGUGGAAGCUCCUGCCUCAGGAAGAGCCUUAGAGCUCCAAAUACUCUGUUUCUCUUCGAGCCUACAUAUUAGUUAGACUUUGGUGUCACUGUGACAAAAUACCUACAAAACAACUGAAAAGAGGAUUUAUUUUAGCCCAAGGUUUGAGAGAUUUCCAUUUGUAGUACUUGGAUCCAUCGAUUUUAUGCACACGGGGAAGCAGAACAUCAGGGCGGCAGGAGCGUGAUGAAGGAUGUUCUUCCCCUCAUGAUGGACAGGGAGCAGAGAGAGAAAAAGGACUGGAACCAAGUAUAAUCUACUACUUCCUCCAAUAGGUUCCACCUCUUGAAGUUUCCACCACCUCCCACGAUAGAGCCACCUGCUGGAGACCAAGUAUUCAACACACAUGGAAGACAUUUCAUACCCAAACCAUAAUGGCUUGUGACUCUUUUAAAGACAAUAUUCUAUAGCACUAAUGUACCUUAUCUCAGAUGUACCACUGAAUAAUUUUGAAACUCAUUUAAUAUUUUUCUCAAUAUUUCUUACAAUUUGGCCGGUAGGUGAAGUCUGUGAGAGCAAGGAUGAGCCGGAAGGCAAAUUAACCAUGCACAUGGUGCCAGCAACCAAAUCUCAUUUUCACAGUUUAAAAUGUACUUACAAUAGAAUUGCUUAUAUUUCUGAGGAUGGUUCAGAGAUUGAUUUUAUUUCCCUGAAUUUCAAAACACUAUUUUGCUAUCUUCUUGAUUGGGUAAAGUAUAAAUAAGGAAAUCAAUUCAUUACCCAGCAGGACAGUAUUCGCU